GGAGGCCGCCACUGUGUACAAUACAGGUGGGACGCCGACUCACCUGCUGGGAUAUACAGCAAGCAUCACGCCGAACAGUGCCGAGGGGCGGAAUGCCGCUUGUAAUGUGACCAGAGCAGGACGCGACGCGACGCGACCCGACCGUACUCAACCCGCGGCUGCUGUAGCUGACGCCCGUCUUUGUCUCUCCGAAUCCUGGAUGAAUCCGAAGGAAUGGCUUUGGCGGAGCUUUACACGAAGUACAACAGAGUAUGGAUUCCCGACCCUGAAAAUGUCUGGAAAUCGGCUGAAAUCACCAAGGAUUAUAAACCAGGGGAAGAUGUGCUUGAGAUACAGCUAGAGGAUGGAACGGAAAUCAGAUAUCCUCUGGAUCCAGUAUCCCAGGCUUUACCGCCUCUCCGCAAUCCUGAUAUCCUGGUGGGCGAAAAUGAUCUGACAGCUCUCAGCUACCUUCACGAACCAGCCGUCCUACACAACCUCAAAGUGCGCUUCAUGGAGUCGAAGCUCAUCUACACCUACAGUGGUAUUAUUCUUGUAGCCAUCAAUCCAUACAAACAGCUACCGAUCUAUGGGGAGGCCAUCAUCCAUGCAUACAGUGGUCAGAAUAUGGGAGACAUGGAUCCUCAUAUAUUUGCUGUUGCAGAAGAAGCUUAUAAACAAAUGGCCAGGAACAAUAAAAAUCAGUCUAUUAUUGUUAGUGGUGAGUCUGGAGCUGGAAAGACAGUAUCUGCAAGAUAUGCAAUGAGAUACUUUGCCACAGUUAGCAAAUCUGGAAGCAAGACGCGUGUGGAAGAUAAAGUUCUUGCAUCCAACCCAAUAACAGAGGCAAUUGGCAAUGCUAAAACAACAAGAAACGACAAUAGUAGUCGUUUUGGAAAAUAUACAGAAAUCAGUUUUGACAGGAGGUACCAGAUUAUCGGUGCAAACAUGAGGACUUACUUGCUAGAAAAAUCCAGAGUGGUGUUUCAGUCUGAGAAUGAAAGAAAUUACCACAUAUUCUAUCAGCUCUGUGCCUGUGCGGACCAACCAGAGUUCCAGAAUCUGAAGCUGGGCAAAGCAGAUGAAUUUAAGUACACCAGCAUGGGUGGAAUGACAUACAUAGACGGUGUGAAUGACAAAUCUGACAUGGCCGAGACUCGCAGGACCUUCUCACUGUUAGGCUUGAAUGAAGAUUUCCAGAUGGAUGUCUUCAAGGUGCUUGCAGCUAUUCUUCAUUUAGGCAAUGUACACAUUAAAGCUGUGAGUGAUGAGAAGUCGGCUGUUAGUCUCAAUGACCAGCACCUGAAUCUGUUCUGCCAGCUUCUGGAUGUCAAUAUUGAAGGAGUAUCUCGUUGGCUAUGCAACCGGAGCAUCAUCACUGCCUCUGAGACCGUAGUAAAGCCGAUGCCAAGACAUCAGGCUGUCAAUGCCAGGGAUGCACUGGCCAAACAAAUCUACUCUCACUUGUUUGACUGUAUCAUCGACAGAAUUAAUAAGGCUCUACAGUUUCCUGGCAAACAGCACACUUUUAUAGGUGUUCUGGACAUUUAUGGCUUUGAAACUUUUGAAAUAAACAGCUUUGAACAAUUUUGUAUAAAUUAUGCAAAUGAAAAGCUGCAGCAGCAGUUUAACUUGCAUGUGUUUAAACUGGAACAAGAAGAGUACAUGAAGGAGGAUAUUCCAUGGACACUGAUUGAUUUUUAUGACAACCAACCAGUCAUUGACCUUAUUGAGGCUAAAAUGGGUAUUCUGGAUUUACUGGAUGAAGAAUGUUUGUUUCCUCAAGGGACAGAUGAGAACUGGCUUCAGAAGUUGUACAACAAUUAUCUGGACAAGAAUGCAUUGUUUGAAAAGCCAAGAAUGUCAAACAAAUCAUUUAUAAUUCAACACUUUGCUGAUAAGGUUGAAUACAAGUGUCAAGGAUUCUUGGAGAAGAACCGAGACACAAUGUAUGAAGAGCUAAUUGGUGUUUUGAGGGCUAGUCAUCUCCAUCUUUUAGCAAGCUUCUUUCAAGAAGAUGAGCCGACAUCUCCCUUCAGGAAGAGCAUCACGUUUAAGCCUGCCAGACCCUUAGUUAAGCCCUCCAAUAAGCAGCUGAAGACAACAGUUGGAAAUAAGUUUCGCAGCUCUUUGUACAUGCUGAUGGAUACCCUAAAUGCCACCACACCUCAUUAUGUGCGAUGUAUAAAACCAAAUGAAGAGAAGCUCCCAUUUGAGUAUGAUUCCAAGAGAGUUGUGCAGCAGCUCCGAGCCUGUGGUGUGCUUGAGACGAUCCGGAUUAGUGCACAGAGUUAUCCUUCCAGGUGGACGUACAUUGAGUUUUACAGUCGCUACAGCAUUCUCAUGACACAGAAGGAACUCGCAGGAAAUGAUAAAAAGCAGACUUGCAAGACGGUGCUUCAGAGGUUAAUUCAUGACUCCAACCAGUACAAAUUUGGGCGCACAAAGAUCUUCUUCCGAGCUGGCCAGGUGGCUUACCUGGAGAAGCUCCGUUCUGAUAGACUGCGUGCUGCCUGUAUUACAAUCCAGAAAAACUUCCGUGGCUGGAUUCAGCGCAAGAAAUUCGUUCGAAUGAGAGCGGCAGCGAUCAUCAUUCAACAGUAUGUCCGCGGGCAGAGGACAAUCCGGCAAACUGUCAGUGCAACUACCAUAAAGCAGGCUUGGGCAGCCAUCAUAAUUCAGAAGCACUGCAGAGGAUUCCUGGUUCGUAGGGUCUACCAGCUCGUUCAGGUGGCUACUAUCACAAUACAAGCAUUUGCUCGCGGAUGGAUUGCCCGGAAACGUUUCAAAAAGAUACUUGAAGACUAUAAAGCUUCCAUCCUGCAGAAGUACGCUCGGGCCUGGCUGGCAAGGCGUAGAUUUCAGAGCAUUCGUCGGGUGGUUCUGAACGUGCAGCUCUCUUACAGAGUGCAGAGACUGCAAAAGAAGCUGGAGGAACAGACAAAGGAGAACCAUGUAUUGCUUGAAAGACUGACAGGACUUGCCAGUGCUCACUCUCAUGAUCUGGAAAAGCUACACAAGCUUGAGGAAAACCUGAAAAAAACGAUGGCUCAGAAGAAGGCAUUAGAGGAGGAAAUGAGGAGGGUGACUGAAGAAACAAGCCAGAUUAUCACUCAGCUCCAAAGUCAGAAUGCUACCCUUAAUGAAGAGAAGCAAGAACUGAACUUAAAGUUACAAGAGGAGCUUCAGGAGAUGAAAGAUAAUGUAGAUGAUUUCCAAAAGAAAUUAAUGGCAGACUUGGACAGGGAGGAGCGACAAAGAAAGAUGCUAGAGAAUGACUUUGCAAUUCAGAAGGAAGACUAUGAGAAGCAAAUUGACUCCCUCAAGGAAGAGAUAAAGUGCCUCCGAGAGGAAAAGAUGCAGCUCCAGCAGCAGGUCCAGGAAGAGUUUAUUUUCAACGAUGAGCUCAAGCAGGAGAUUGCGCAGCUUGCAAGGGAGGCUGAGGUUAUCCCAGGCCUAAAACAAGAGGUUGUCAUUUUGGAAACGCAAAAAAGUGAUCUGGAAAAAAAGAACAAAGAGCAAAUGGAACACACAAAAGUAAAAAUGGCAGAGGUCACGAAGCAACUUCUUGAAGGACUGAAGGAAGAAGAAACACUGUCCAGGCUGUCAGCAGAAGAUCUGAAUCAUAUUAAUGAUAGCGGAGAGUUGACUUUUGUCUAUGAAGGUUUAAAAAAAGCAGCCAGUGUAAUGGAGAAGCAUUUUCAGGCACAGAAAGAAGGUUAUCAAAAAGAAACAGAGACACUUAACUUCAAGAUUCAACACCUACAGGGUGAAGUGUGCCACUUGCAAAAUUUGUUCAAGGAGGAAAACACCGUCAAAGAUAGCAUCCGCCAGGAACUGAACAGGCUCAGCUCUGAAAAUAUGGUUAUUCCUGAAUAUAAACAGCAAAUAUCUGAGCUUCAGAGACAGAAGAAAGAGCUGGAAGUCCAAAUUAAAGACCAAGCUGUUGAAAUGAAAGACAAAAUGGAAGAAACCAUAGACCAGCUACAUCAUGAACUUGAACAAGUACAGUCACAAUGCAGAAUGCUGGAGGUUCAUGUGAAGGAUUAUGAUAAGGAAAAGCAGGUUCUGCUGGAAAAGGUGAAAAAGAAUGAGCAGGAGAAUGAGGACCUGAGGAAAAAAUAUGAAGCUGAAAAUGAGGCAAAAACCAAACUACGGCAAGAGACGACCCGACUAAGCGCAGAAAAAAUGGAUUUUGAGGAACAGAUUGAUGCAAAGGAUCGACUCAUCAAGCGACUUCAAAGCCAGAUUCAGGCAUUCCGUGCAGUUGAAAAAGCCAAUCAAGUGCAAGCACCUCCUGUUCCAAAGGAAUACAUUGGAAUGUUGGAAUACAAAAGUGAAGAUGAAGCUAAACUUAUCAAGCACCUUAUUCUAGAUCUGAAACCUCGAGGUGUUGUGGUGAACAUGAUUCCAGGUCUUCCAGCACACCUCUUGUUUAUGUGUGUGAGAUAUGCGGAUUAUAUGAACGAUGCUGCCAAGCUCAAGUCCUUAAUGAAUUCAAUUGUCAAUGGCCUAAAGGAUAUGAUAAAGGAUCACCCCGAGGAUUUUGAAACACUCUCCUUUUGGCUUUCCAAUGCUAUGCAUUUUCUUAACUGUUUAAAGCAGUACAGUGGUGAGGAGGAAUUUAUGAAGCACAAUACUUCACGCCAGAAUAAAAAUUGCUUGAAAAAUUUUGAUAUCUCUGAGUACAGGCAGAUUCUCAGUGAUCUGGCCAUUCGUAUUUAUCAACAGUUCAUCAAGGUAAUGGAGAAAAAUCUACAACCAAUAAUAGUCCCAGGCAUGUUGGAAUAUGAGAGCCUCCAGGGUAUCUCCAGCAUGAAACCCACAGGAUUCCGAAAGCGUUCCUCCAGUAUCUAUGAAGAUGCAGAGGUUUUGACCAUUAACUCCAUCCUGCAACAGCUGAGCCACUUUCACAGCGCCAUGUGUCAGCACGGCAUGGACCCUGAGUUAAUAAAGCAGUCUGUCAAGCAGUUAUUCUUCCUUAUAGGUGCUGAUACUCUUAACGGCCUCUUCCUCCGCAAGGACAUGUGCUCCUGCAGGAAAGGAAUGCAGAUUAGAUGUAACAUUAGUUAUUUGGAAGAAUGGCUGAAAGAGAAAAAUCUCCAAAGCAGCAGUGCCAUUGAUACCAUGGAGCCUCUUUCACAAGCUGCUUGGCUAUUACAGGUUAACAAAUCAACAGAAGAGGAUGCCAAGGAAAUCUGUGAAAGAUGUUCAAGUCUUUCUUCUGUUCAGAUAGUAAAAAUUCUUAACUCAUACACACCCAUUGAUGACUUUGAGAAAAGAGUUGCACCAUCAUUUGUUCGCAAAGUUCAGUCAUUUCUUCAAGGCCGUGAAGGAACUUCACAACUAAUGCUAGAUGCCAAGUACCUCUAUCAAGUCACAUUUCCAUACAGUGCCUCACCUCAGGCUCUAGAAACUAUCCAAGUUCCCAGCAGUCUUAAACUAGGAUUCCUUACAAGACUUUGACAGGAUUGAAAUGAGAUGCCGUUACAUUUUUUUAAUUGAAUCCAAAGCAAAAAAUACUGGAAUUUUUGCUCUUUUUACAGUAUGUGACUCUUUAUCUAUCAGUGCCAAAAUACCAACAGCCCAGCGUUGAACUACAGCCCACAUCUGUAGAAUUUCUCCAUUAUUUGUUCAACACUUCAUAAACCGGUUUUGCAGCUGGGAUGGAUUUAAGACUUUCCUUCUUUUCUGAGUUGAUGAACAUAAUUAAACAAAAGUGUUUUGGGAAAAAAAACAUAUAUAAAACUGUACAAACUGAACAAAUAAGUCGUUCUUUAAUUACUGUUUCUUGUUUAUGUACAGGUUUGUGGGUGUUUGUCUAUGAUUGCAAAAGAAAGGAAUUUGUCAUUUCAAAAAUCACUCAUACUGUAAUUUUUAUUAAGUAUUAAAUGACUGUUUGCACAAACUGUCCACUUACAGGCUAGAUGACAAAGUAUGAAAAUUACUGUUAUUUUUUUUUUAUUGUUAUUAAUAUUCUUCCAUUACAUAAUACAGUUUAUGAUAGUACUGUUCAGGCUGUGUCCACACUACUAUGAAAGCCAUCUCUGUCCACACUAGUGUUUUCUAAUCCUGUACGAAGGUAUCUCUGCCCACACUAAGACAAAUGAAAAUACAUAUCAGGUAGCCGUUCACUUACACUGGGCUUGCACACUUCGGCAGAAAUUGGGAAUGGAAAUGUCCAUGCUAAACCUCCAUUUGCAGCUUGCAUUUAGACAUGGGGAACAUCAAUGGUGAAUACGAAAACAAAAAAACAUUGUUUUAUUUGGACUGGCAAUGAGGCAAUUAAGUGUAACACAUGAGUAGAAGGUGAGCAAAGCGGCUGGUAAAAUGUACUGAGUAGGAUCCAAUUAGGGAAAGGCCACGUAAUGCGCACAAACCGAUUGAAAUGUGAUUAGAGUCUGUGUUUCCAAAAGUUUCCAUUUUCAGGAAUUAAAAACUUUGAGCUAGUGUGGUCGAAAGACGAAAAUGGAGAGUGAUGUCUGCAUUUUAAACAAAAAGGUGGUAGUGUGGAUGAACUUUAGUGUUGAUGGCAGUCAGGCCAAAGUUCAAUGCCAGGUUGAGGUGCCUUGUGUGGAGUUUGUGUUCAAGUGUUUUUCGUCCAGAGUAUACUGUUCCUUGCCAGAGUCCAGAGACAUUCUAACUGGUCACUCUAAACUUACAGCCCAGCACACCUACACUUACAUGGGGCUGAGUGUUGCAGCACCCAAACCAAGAGAAGAUAGGUAUAGAAGAAAGAAGGAAUGUUUAAAGUGUGCUUUAGAAAACCACAACACCUUGAUUGAAUAACACUAGCAGAUAUGUUCACGGGGCUUCAUUUGUAUUCUGGCUUACAUUCUGACACUUUUUUUUGUUUUACUUUGGUCUGAUGACAGUAUUCGUUCAUUACCGUCUGUAUCUAAAUGGGGUGUUCAUCACAGUUCACAGUUCCUUUUUCUAUUUAUAUGCAAGAGGUGUAAUUGAGACAUCAACUUUAAUUUAUAUGCUGAUGAAACACGGCCAAACCAAAGGAUAUUUAUUUAUUUAUAUCAUUAAUAGUUCUCCUGAUAUAUAAAGUGAAUGAAUGAAAAUGAUUUUAUUUAAAGAAUGUUUUUUUUCUGUAUUAAAAAAGUAAUGAUUCUACAAAGCAGUACUGAUGACUUUAAAUUUAAACAGCUUGAAGUUCUGUUUUGACUGAAUACAUCAAUAAUGCAGAGGUCAGUUUUGACAUCGCUUUAGUCAUCGCAUUUAUAAACAAUUUGCUUUUCCCGGCUUUGUAAUAUUUAAAACUGAUGAAAAGCUUGUUUAUUUUUAAUCGAGAAAUGUUGGCCACUUCAUGUCUUUACUGUGAGGCUGUUUGAAUCAUUCAAAUAUUGGAUUUAUACAUGUAUUCAUUCUUAAGUCCUACUAAAUCCACUUAAUACUACAAAGUUAAUUCUAGACAUAGCGGUGAGUAUCAUGUCUGUAAGCAAGAAAUACUGCCAUAAAACUCAAGUUGUUGUCACUACAUUGGCUUAAAGUUAACUUUACAGGCUAAAUCACAUUUUGUCAGAAGUUAUAAAGGAUUAUACUGUGAAGAAGUUGUGACCACAAAAUGUAAAUCAUCUUAUUAAAACUUAAGAGUAAACAAAACUGUUGUAAAAGAUACAGCUGUUGGCUAUAGUGCCCCCAAAUUAUAUUUUUUCUAGUGUUAGACACCUCAUCAGUCACAAGGCAAACAAUUUAGCAUAGCAUAGUUGUUGUUGGGCGGCACGGUGGCGCAGUGUGUAGCGCUGCUGCCUCGCAGUUAGGAGACCUGGGUUUGCUUCC